CAAAUGUAGGCUCGUGAUGUGUAUACCACGCGCGCGACCACGUUUUCGUCUCAGCAUCAAGCUUUUAAGAAUACGUAGGCUUGCUGUAACUAAAAAUACCUGUACCUUCUGACAAUCAGCUGGCUAUCUCGUGUACUGGAACCUAAGCCUAUAUCAAGUGAAAACAGUCUGCUAGCGCUAAUGGCCGUCGUGGCAGUAUUUGGAUAAAGGGAAAGCUGUUGAAAAGUUCAAGUGGUGGUGGUUUAGGGAGUUAAGAUUGUACUUGGCCGAGAAACGUGGUUGGAUUCCGUUAUGGGAGAUUGCCGAGAUUAUCAACCACCAAAGAAAAAACCGAAAGAUUGUCACGAUGGUUUUCAACGCAAGAAGAAUAGAGACAGGUGGAUGUCGCACAUUUCUUCAAGGACUCUAGUUGAAGAGAGUGUAACCAGUAAACCUCAGGAACGUAUAAAAGAUCUUUGUGAUAGACUACAAGGACAAAAAGUACCAAAUGAUUUUUCCAAACUAAUAAUGCAAAAAAAACAACUGGGACAGCGGGCAGCUUCCAGUGAUCAGUUCUCAGAGUCUUCUCGAUCAUUAUUCUCAGUGAUGAACCUACCGCCACGAUUUAUGCAGCAUUCUCUGAAAGCAAAUACUCGGGAUGAUGGCGAGUUCAGUAUGUGGGGAGAAAGUGGAGGAAGGUGGGAUAAAAUAACUUUCGAAGACUGUAAUACAGCCUCGUGGCUCUCUUCGGGAGAGAGUCAAAUUGAACAUUCUGUAGAGAAGGUGAUACACCCUUCCUCUACCUCUAGAUCUGUGAUAUCAAGCUCAAGUUACUCUGGUGUUCAGGGUACAUUUACAAACUUAGCUUCUCCAGAGGGAAGCCUUCCUAACUGCAACGCUCAUCACGGGAUAAAGGAUCCCACCUCAUCUUCUUUGCCAGACAGUCAUCUUUCCGGCUCUUCCAUGAAGGUCGGUUGCACCGAAGUCGACAUUGGCAACAGUAGUCACAAUGCACAGUAUGUAGAAGAUUAUCCCACAUCCGAGUUAGGUGCAGCCAAGAAUGAUAAUUAUGAACAGUAUGAUACAAAAUUGAACCCCAUAGGGGCCAAAUCCUCAGAAAAAAUUUCAGAUUAUCAUCCAAUAGUUUUUUCUGGCCAAAUACAACAGAUUCCAUAUCAGGAUAUGCAACCAGAUUUGCACAAAACAGACAGUGCAGAUAUCACUAAUCGCUCACUAACUUCGUCCAUGAGUUAUCCAGUGAAAGAGUUGGCUACAACUAAGGUCGAGCUGGACAUCAGUGCUUCAGAUCAUUGUGGUGUUUCAUCAGAUAAUUCUGAAAUGAAUCGGUUGAUGUCUUUCAGUCGUGGUUCAUAUAAUCUUGGCUUAUCACUCGGAUGUGAUGAAGAUCGAAGUUUUCGCAAAAGUCAAGAGGAGAUAAGAAAUAUUUCUAACUCGCUUAAUGGGUUGCAUAUUCCUCCUAACAGUACUCAUAUGACCCCGAGUGUCUCAGUGGCUCCAAAUAGUCAUGUAGAAAUGAACUUUAGAAACACUGGAGAGGGCAUUUAUAACAGUAGUGACAAAUCAAAGCAAAUCUCAAAUCUACAUGAGUCAGGAAGGGGAAGUGAAUCUUCAAAUGAAAGUUACGAAGGUCUUAUUGGUGCAGUUGGAGGUUCAGAUAUGCCUAUAAAUAAAUCAGUAUUUGAAAAGAAGAAAUCGGGAUGGGUAGGGCCUCCACCAAGGUUAGGCCUGUUGGGUGGUGGAGAAAGCUCUUUGAACAAUGGCACUUCAGCAUGGGGCACUCCUCAUCCUCCUGCUGGGUCGGGUGCUUCCAGUUGGAAUGGUAAUGGGCGUAUCAAAGCAUUCAGUGGAACUGUGACUAAAUAUAAUUAG